AUGCAGACCUCAGCGGUGUCUGCUCAGUGGCUGCUGCUAUGGUGCGAGGACCGUCCCACCGCCAGCGGAGAGAAUAACGUCCCGGUUCAGAGUUUGUUCAUACAGGAGAAUAUGAACAGAGAAGAAGCACAAUGUCGACCCACCGCCUCUCUAAAGUUCACUAUUGACAACAUCCUGAACCUAAAGACAAGCUGUGACAGCUGUCAUCCCACCGGGCAGCAGGAUGAAGCGGUCCCAGAGCAGAGGCCGGACUCGGGUAACAGGCUGAGCCAAAGUGAGCUGAUGAGAAGCUCCAACGGAGCAGCAGAGUCGGUCAUCAUCAGCUGCGGGAACCAGGGGAAGGCGGCAGAGACGCGCUUCGAGAGCGGGGACAGCAGCUGCGACGACAGCGGCUCCAUCACCACCAUUGCCACGGCUGCUGCACCAGUGGCAUCCAUUGACCCCCACAGAGGAGAGAGCCCCAACAAGAAGAGCAAAAUAGUGACGAAAAAGAAGACGCGCACAAUUUUUUCCAAGAGACAGAUUUUCCAGUUGGAGUCUACCUUCGACAUGAAACGCUACCUGAGCAGCGCGGAGCGCGCAUGCCUGGCCAGCUCUCUGCAGCUGACAGAGACCCAGGUGAAAAUAUGGUUUCAGAACCGCAGGAAUAAACUGAAGCGCCAGAUCUCCACCGAGAUCGACGGACCGGUUAGCGAUUUCCCCGAGGCUGGGAAACCGGUGGCGGUGGGGCAUCUGCCGGCCUUGUAUAAAGAGAGCAACCUGCUGGGUAGAUGUCUGCUGCCCAUGCCCCUGCCACUGGUGUACCCGGGGAGUAGCACACCUUACCUCUGCUUUUCUAACGCCAGCAAAUACUUCAGCCUGUAUGAUGGGGAUGUAUGACGGAUUUUUAACGGCUUCCUGUGUGAAAGGGACACUCUUUGUUGUGGCUUUGUUGCCGAGGUUUUGGAGCGUUUAAGACAUUUAGUGGCCAAAACGUUUUAUUAAAAUUAUUAUAAUUUUUAAUGGAGACUGCAAGAUACUUUCCUAUCACGAAUACGCAUAUUCCGCAUUAUUUAUUUCUAGUUGAAGAAAAGGCCUGACGCCGAACCUUUUGUACAAAACAACAGGUUAUAUAAAUGAUAACCAAGAAGAAGGUCUAAAACACUACCAGUUACGUCAUUGUUUACCGCAUACUAGUAUUUUUUUUAUUAUUUUAUUAUCAACAACUGCAGCCUAAGCCACCAAAGAAAUUAUUACAAUAGCCUAUCUGCAUGCGUUUUCUGUCAUGAUUUUUUUUUAUUACUAAAGUUAUGUAUUUAAACGAAUGUAAUUUACAUCUUAUUUAGUUUUAAGCAUGUGUUUUAUUUUCUUUCUAAAUAUCUGUUCUUACUUUAUUCCACUUUGCCAUAAGGUUCAUUACACCUGAAAACUGCUAUUAAAACAGCUGAAAAAAUGA